CUUUCCACGGUCUUCUUCCCUCUUCUUUUUGUCCGCCUCCGCGUACGCGCUCCCGAGCCGGCCGUGUUCGCCACGCGAUUCCGCCGCGCGCCCGCCGCAACCAGCGGAUUCCGUGGACGCCGCUCGUGCGCGUCUCGCGGGACGGGAAAUCGCGGCGAACGGCGCGCCGCGCGAAACGGGCGCACUCGCGCGACCGCAGGGAACAGUUUUCGAGGGGAAACCGUCGCGGCCGACCGGCGGAAGAGAGGAACGGCGUCCUGUGAAGUUCUGCCGCGACUGAAUCGUUCUCGCCGGGGGCGAGACGGUUGCGGCCUAUGUUUGCUCCUUGGAACGACUCGUGAAACGGACACCGGAGGACGGUUUCUGUGCGUCGAAGUCGCAGUGCGUCGUGGAUUCGCGGCGGAGGAGGCAUUCGUCGUUGGAUCCCGGACCGACAUGCUCCCGCCGAGAUUAUCUUAGCUGACCGCAGCUGUGACAUGCUCGCAUCGAGUGGACUGGAUCGUUUGUUUAGGCUGUACUGCGCGCGAGGAAGAUCGAACAGGUGGUUCUCUGACUCUGCGCGGCCGACGAUGUCACGCUGUCUUUCGAUAGUAUGAAAUUAUUGGGCACGGGAGUUCGAGUUUAUGAAUCAAGUGUGUUGCAUAAAUGAGUGUUGCGCCCGAGGAACGCAGAAAAUCGCCUACAAGUCGGGCUUCCACAGUCGUGAUCGGACUCGGCAGUGAUUUCUGAGAAACCCCGGUUCGAUGGAUACUGAAGCUCGCUCCGCGGUGUGAGGGUGUGUAUACAGUGUGAAUUCGCUGAUGUUGUUCGGGGAAGAUGUCAAUUGGCAGGAGGCUACAGGUGUCGAUUGAACGCAGAAGGUAAAUGCUAGUUCACACGGGAUCCCGUAAAAGAGAGGAGAGGAGAGGCCGGUGGUACCGGUCCACCGCGAUCCAAAGUGAAUCCGUGGCGUUCGACGAAAUUUUGAACGGCGCCGUAGGUUGUUGGACACGCGCGAAAAUGUCGGCCCGCGGCAUCGAACACGGAACAGACGGCUCGAGGGACCGGCUCGAACCGUUUACAGCGAGAGAUUAAAGAACAUCGAAUGGACGUGGGCGAUUUGUCGAGCUCGGCAGGAUUGGCUGGGAGCGGAUCCAUCCCUGGUGCAACGGGUGUUGGUAUCAUUACAAGUACGACAUCCGCCACCGCAGGGUGGUGGACGCCUACGUCGACGAUCGCCUCGGCAGCGGCCAACACCGACGUGAUGAAUCAGCUGUGCAGGGUAUGCGGAGAGCCGGCCGCGGGUUUUCACUUCGGGGCCUUCACGUGCGAAGGUUGCAAGUCGUUCUUCGGCCGUACCUACAACAAUCUAGGGAGCAUCUCCGAAUGCAAGAACGGCGGCGUGUGCGUGAUCAACAAGAAGAACCGAACCGCGUGCAAGGCGUGCCGUCUGCGCAAGUGUCUGAUGGUCGGGAUGUCGAAGUCCGGCUCCCGUUACGGCCGCCGUUCGAACUGGUUCAAGAUCCACUGCCUGCUGCAGGAACAGAGCCACCAGGUGCAGACGCGCAUGGUCAAGGACUCGAAGUCCGCCUACGAGAAGGCGUUCGGUUCCCUGGACGUGGCGAACAAUAACAAUAACAAUAACGAGAACGCUGGCACGACGAGCUCGUCGAACGUAGUCGGUAUGGUCACCACAACCACCACGACAGCGAACAGUUACCAUCACUACCAUCAUCAUCAACAGGAUAGGUUUCCGAAGCGGGACGAUUCGGUCCUGAGGCCGCAGGACCUGCCGUCGCAAUUACGAACGCCGGAAAUACCGGCGAGAGUCAGCGGCCAGGAUCCUCUUCUGAGGCCCAUGGACCUGGUCCGAGCGCCACACGAGCUGCUGAGGCCGGAAGUGUCCAGGUUCCCCAUGUGGCGUGGCCCGCCGUUCUUCCAUCCGGCGUUGUCGCACAUGCAGCUGCUGAACGCGCCGUUCUUCCCGUUCCAGCAGCGGUUCAUCGUCCCCUACGUGAACCAGGUCGAAGCCUCGCAGAUGGUAGCCAGCUCGACUAGCUCGUCCAGCGACAGCGUUAGCGCGCGAUCAACACCUUCGUCGAAGAGGGACGACGAGAACAGAAGCAACAACCGGGAGGAAUGUAAGAACGACGAGACCUGCGAGAGGAGCCAAAUGGAAGUCGCGCACGACAAGAGUCUGGCGUUCCUGAAGUCCCUAGGCCCGGAACAGGACCAGCCCAUCGAUUUAAGCAUGAAGGCAGGGCCCACGGAGGAGCUGGAGGUGGACACCGCCAGUACGGAGGAGGAGAGGUCCACGGACAGCGAGGAGGACAUCGACGUGCAGCAGGACACGGGGCCGCCGCUCGAUCUCACCAGGAAGACAUGACCCCGGGGCCGCGACGAUAGCACUUGAUGGAAACGGGACUUUUACUCUGGAGCGAGUGGCUCGCCUGGGGAUCGUUGUGGAGGCACCGGGCCUCUCCGCACAGAGAGCCACAUUGUUGUCCUUUCGCGGAAGCGUUGCGAGAUGAAUCGUAGACUCAAGUGACAUCGAAAGGGUGAUCCUCGGAGAGGUCACGCGAAGACUCGCGGAACGAAAACAUUUGGGUUCGAAGAUCGGAGAGGAAGACGACGAUAGAAGUGUACAGUUCUUUUUAGUUCAAUGGGGAAGUGACAGAUGGCUGGGGAUUGGAGGAAGAAGCUAACGUGCAGAGGUUGUUGAGUCGACUUUAGGGUCGGAUCGAUGAAAUUGCUCAAGUACCGGCCUGUUGGUCGCCAGGUGAAGUAAGCAACCGGAAGAUCGUCAGAGUUUGUGCCUUAACCGGUGCCUUCGAGCUUCCCCGGCCGGGUACAGGGUGCCAGUAAAAAGCCACGUGAUAGUUUAACGUUUAAACGACGCGCACGUCCGAUGUGCGGCAAGUAAUAUACAUAGAUUAAUUAUAUGUAUAUGUAUAUAUAAAUAUUUACCUGUGCGUGUGUGGUGCGUUUAUCGUGGAUACCGCGAUCGAGCGGAGCGGCCGGAAGCCGCCUCCGACGCUCGGGAAUGGCCAGUGUUACGUUCGACCCUCGACCAAUACGAGAUUCUCACGUAUCUUUCUUUAUUUAUACCGAGCGUGUUUCUUAUUUAACGAGAUCGAGAAGUGUACACCCGUGAUACCGUACAGUGUGUGUGUGUGUGAGAGAGAGAGAGAGAGAAAGAGUGUGCGUGAUCGCUACAUCGAUCUCCUCGUCGAAUUACGCGGGAAGAGCCUAACGGUGUGUUCGACCUUUUUAUUUUCGUUCGAAAAUUGUAAUACGGGAUCGAGUGUUGCGUACGGUUUCUGCAAAUAUUUUUCCUUCGCGAUCGGAAGAGAUCUCGCGGCAGAUCGGCGGGGCAAGGGAAGAGGAGAAAGAAGUAAGACGAGGAGAAAAAAAGGGUGAGGCGGAGAGUGGCGAUCGCGAUCGAACGAUACGCAAGCGCGCGAGUCCGGCAUGUGUUCGGGCGAGAAUACGAAGUAAAAUAAAGAAUAUUGUAUAGCCAAUAUGUGGCGCCUUGAUCGUCGUUCAUUAAAUCUCUCCUCGAUCAUCGUUUCCCUUACGCGAGCGUCCGUAAUCACGUACCUCGAACUCGAGAUGGUAUUCGAUUACUUUCGUCUCGCGCGUCUCUCGCAUUCCAUCCCGUCGGCGCGCGUUGCGCUGUGCAGGGGCCUGUUGCGCGCACCGUGCGCGAGUGCACGCCUAUCCCGCCCUGUCUAUCGGGUUAUUUAUUCGAUAAUAAAUUCGUGCGACCCUUGACACGCCGCGCGAGAACGCGUUUCCCCGGUGAAUUCCGUUUUAACGCGACGCCGCGCCGCUAAUAAGCCGCCUGGCCGCGCGUCCACUCGGAGCGGACUGUUUCGGUCGGUCGGCGGAACGGUCAGUGUACGAGGGAAGGAAAGAAUUUCGAAGGAGUACCUUGGACGCGUGUCCUUAACGAGGAUCGAGUGACGGGGAAGCGCGGCGGGGUCGUCCUUGCGCGUAGCGUUUACUGCUAAUUACGCUGGGUCUCGAAUCGGGGGAAAUUUCACGGUCCCCGCGCAAUAUAUCAUAACUUGCGAUAAUUUAUGAACGGCGCGCUGGCAAUGAGGAACUGCGCUCGCACGGGCCCCGGCCAGCCCGGCCCCGAUCUAUGGCGCGGACUAUCAUAGGCGGUAUCGCGUUUCUAAUGUGACUCCAUGCUCUGUUCGCGUACGCGGUAACCGCGUGCGAGCCCUCUUCUUUCGUUUCGUCCCGGCCUCCGCGCUUUAUGGACGGUCUCGCCGAGUAAGAAACGUUCGGCCGUCGGAAAACGAGGAGGAAGAAGAGAGAAAAAACGAACGUCCGAGGGAAGAAAGAAAUCGUCCGAGCCACGGCGCUCGAGCUAACAAGAGGGACGCGUUUCCUUCGAUUUAUUAUUAUCAUUUCUCUUCUUUCGAUCUAUAAACCUCGCGCGUAAAUCUUGGCCCGUUCUUGCGGCCGGGUUACGCCGGUGAUUUACACAUGCCGAGGGGACAAAAAUCAUAAAAUCGUAAUGAUCUUCUUCUGCGGGCUGCCAGCGCGCGCGAGCGAGGCGCAGAACGGGGCUUCCGCGACGACUCGGAGACUUCGAUGACCGCGCGAGCGGGGAACUCGAGGAAUAUUCGAAUCUAACUGAUUUCUACGUUACAACCGGUGAUCCGCCAUUUUGUUGUAUCGAUGUGACCCGGUUGUAGCACGGAAUGGCGGAUGAUUCGUUAGGAAAAAUGUUCUGGAACGCUAGGAAUGCGCAAGAAUUUGAUUUUGUGAAAUAGCGAAUCACUUAUUGGGAGUCUACGGUCAUAAUACACAUUUCACGCUAUUUUAUAUGCGAAAUUAAGAAUCGAAGUCAUAUUUUCCUGACUUCUUAACUGUCACCGAGGAAAAUUCGUUUUCAUUCUUUGGAAUUUGUCUCGAGACCAGAAGAAGAUCGUUGCUCUUAAGCGAGCCGAGCGCGAGGUUUCCACGUGUUCCGCGUCGCGGACCGUCCGAGGGACACGGAAUUCACGGGAAGUGACACAAUCGGCAGCAUUCACCUGCGUGCACCUGCGUGUAUCCACGACACACUCCCGGUGCCCGUAACCCCGGACGUUAAAACGCCCGGGCCCGCUCGUUUUGUUGACUUAGGCGGGGACGAGGAAGGGAACGGGGCGGCCACUCGAUGUCCGGCGAACGAGCUCUAGUGGUCUCCCGACGUUUCAGGUUUCCGAGAUUUUCGGUCCACGUGUGCGCCGCCGGGAAAAGUCGCUGUCAACGGACGAUGACGUGUGCGAAACCCGCGAACCUUCUCGAGAGGCAGCCCGUGUCCCUGAAUUACGUAAAGAGACACUUUUUCGGGGGUGGCGUCGGCCUAGUUACGAUCGACGGACCAGGUUGCGUAAUUGUUUGGGUAACACAUUUUCACGAGAAAAAAACAUUUGUCUAGUCUUAAUUGUAAAAGCAUAUCAGCCGGAGGAAAAUUGACGAGUGGAUUGUUCAACCUACCAAUCGCGGGAUGCUGGAAGAAUGUAUCCCGUC